CAAUUCUAUAAAACGCAGCAAAAAAUCUAGUGUUGCAAAUGGCAUCUGUUUUAAAAUUAAAAUUAAACUGAAAAAUAAAGUUAAACUGAAUUACUGAAUGGAAGUGAUGGUAUCAAAGCGUUAAUCAAAAAGACACAUCGCCAACAUGAGUACAACUGAAAUUAAUAAAAUAGAGUUUGAGGAUGAGAAGACGUUGGAUAAAAAGGAAAUUGAAGCCGAAGAGAAAGAAGUUAUGCUAAAAGCCGAAAAGGAAGCGAUUGAUGAUUUUGCGGAACUGAGAGCUGAAGCAGAAGGACCUGUAAAGGCAGCUCUUUCUGGUGAUGUUACGGAACAAGGACGCGAAGUCAAGCCGAAAUAUAUACCUAUCGGGGCCAUCAAAAUGCCGGGAUUUUUCACGAAAAGUUCUGAAAAAUCGAAGGAUGAAGAAGAAAUUCAGAAAGAAACAGAUAUCUGCAAGACUGAUGAAACUUCGAAACCAAAAGGUCAUCAUUUGAAAUUCUUGCAUUCUUGUCCGUUGACUAAAUUUAUGCAUCAUCCAAAGAACGAAAAUGAUGAACACAAAGAACAGCAAAAAACCAAAAGAAGUAUAUUUAAUAUCAGAUAUCCAAAUUUUUUCAAAAAACGUUCGCCGAGUACUGCCGAGGCCACACUAGCUUCAAUGGAAACUUUGGAUGAUAAAAUGGAUACAUCUAAUGAUGGAUUGGAAAAUGUAAAACUGGAACCUAUGGAUCCUGAAGAUGGCAAAGUGGCCACUAAACUUCCCUUGAAAGAAAGAAUUCGACAAAAGAAAUUUAUCAUUGACGACAUUGUGGUUUGCAUUGUGGCGCUCUUAGUGGCCAUGUCGGUGAUCAUUGGAAGCUUGAUUGGAGCUUGUGUCGGACCGCCAGUUGAACGACCUUUGCGUUUGGGACGUUAUAUCACCGCGUCUACCGGCUGCGGACCCGUGGAAGGAAUAUUGGAUGAAGGUGUUUACAAGUUCUACAGCAUUCCAUAUGCAGUUCCUCCAAUAAAAGAGAAACGGUUUACCUACGCACAACCAUUAAACAAUUUAUCGCUAUGUUGGAAUGAAACUUAUCAAUGCCACGUGCCUGGGCCACUCUGCGUUCAGUUUCUGGAGAACGGCACUAUUACUGGCGAAGAAGACUGCCUCACGCUCGACAUUAUGACGCCUCACGUCAGGUACGACUCACCGUUGCCCGUAGUUGUACUCAUCGGGGCUAACACACUUGCUGGCGGAAUAAGCCCAGCUCAACCAUCAGCUUUGUAUGCUCGGACCGAGGAAGUUAUUUUUGUGCGCCCCAACUUUAGACUAGGAUCUUUCGGUUUUUUAUCUCUCAAUAUACUAUCCAAGUCAAAAUACCCGCAUACCUCUGGCAACUACGCUCUUAGCGAUUUGCUGGCUGCACUUCGUUGGAUCCAUUUAAACAUUAAUCAUUUUGGAGGAGAUCCAGAAAUGGUAACCUUACUUGGUCAUCGAGCUGGAGCGACAUUAACUGCCGCUUUGACGACAGUCUCCGGAGCGCACAAGCUGUACACCAGAGUUUGGCUGUCUUCACCUUCUGUAAUAUUUCCCGGAGAAGUUCUAGAGCAGUCUCAGAAGAACAACGAACAAUUCAGGCAGAUGAGUAAAUGUAAUGAUGCGGAUUGUCUGAGACGUGUGUCCAAAGAAGAGCUGUUGGCGCUCACGCCUGAUACCUGGUUCGGAAAUAAUUUUGAGACGUUGCCCCGGACUGACGAAAUUCAACGGUCUUGGUUAGUCUUGGACGGAGAGAUGUUACGUAUUCACGCGUACGAAAGUUGGCUCGAUCAGAAGACUGCAAAACAAUCUGGUAAAGUAAAAGUUUUCAAACCGAUGGUCUUCACCACGACCCUGCAUUCCGGCCACUCAGUUACUCUGAAAAACAAACACGUCAAGUGGACACCGGAGAUCGUAGAAAAAAUCGUUAACGACAGCGUCAUCGGGGAGAAGAACUUGACCGCCGCCGUAUUCACACAUUUUAAUAAGACUUACGAGGGUCUAGUAGAACUGAUUUCGUCUGUCCGAACUCUGUGCCCGCUGGUGAGCCUGGCGCGGCUGCGGCUGUCGGUCCCGCUGUACGUAGUGCGGGGCGCGAGGCGGGGGGCGGAGGGGUCGCCUGGGCUGGCCGACGUCAACGCGGACGUCAAAGCAAUUCUCGGUACUUUUGAUUCCGAGAUGCCCGAACAGCGUAGAUUCAUGGCAGUCAUCCAACACCUGUUCUACCAUUACGUCGGGCACGGCAAGCUGUCCGGUCCCGAGCCGGGCCUCGUUGCGAUUGGCCAGGACCUGCUUCCUCAGCCCAGCCUUCCCGCGUGCGAUCUACUCAUCCGAGAGGACAUCGUCCCGCGAUACGCUCACGUCGAUUAGCGAGCGGGAGCCGUACGUGUAUUACGCGAUGUUGUAGAAUAAUAAGAAAAGGAAAUGUGGCCAUUUUAAUGUUUAGAUUAAAUAACGAACCCCACGAUUUUUUAAUAACUUUUGUAACGUUUUUGUAUGUCGUGCACGUGUUUAGUAGAUAAUUCGUGUUUUAUGAUGUGUUGUGUUAGCGCAUAGAUUAAAUAAGUAACUGCCGAUGAUCAAAUCCAAAGAUUACAAUGCUCUCAAUUAGCAAUUUUACUUACUCAUAUUAUAAGGAAUAUUUUAUCAACUACUUUGUGUGAGAAUAAAUUAGGUCCUAAGUUUAUGGUGAUUAUAUUCACUUGCUUUUAUAAUUAUUAUUAAUGUAAUUUUCUAAAUAUUUUUAAUGUUAUUUAAGGUUUGUGACUGGCUUAAGUUUGUAAUGUUUGUAAUCGAUAUUUUCGCCUUAAAUUUGAGAUUAAGUCUGAUUAUUCCAAAGAGAUUUUAACUGUUUAGCUUUAACUGUGUUCACUGUGAUUUGUGAUCUCUGUGUUAUUUGUGAUCUCUGUGUAAUUUGCUAGUUACGUUGAUUCAAAUAAGAAACAGCAAAAUUAAAAAUGUAACUUUAAAUUUAUUACCAAACCGCUUGUAUUUGCUUAAAUUGCUUGUAUUUUUAAGUUGUUACACGCAAAUAGGCAGCACUAUAAAACGUAAUCAUAUUCUUUCGGUUACAUGAAACUGUUUAUUCGAUGUCUAGACUGUGUUUUGUGUUUUUACUGUAAUUGUUUUCGAAAACGACGACCUAUGCCAAGUACGUCUUGGCGGUUUCAAAAGUUAAUAUUAUGUUCUAGGUUUGACGCAUGGCAUGAUGAGGUAAACCUUCUAUGUUUUUUACAUUGCAAUGUUACAAGUAAUCUAUGACGGCUUCGAGGGAGCAAGAGAUGAGGGGACAGGCACCUUCAUUUUUCAUAGUCUGCUCAUAUAUUAAAUCAUUUUUAAUUAAUUUAGAAAAUUUUUCAUUUUGAGCUUACUACUUUGUUCCGGUUUGAGAAUUAUUCUAAUACACCCUGUAUAACAUGGUGAGGGAUCCUUACUUAUACAUCCUCGGUUCGGUCAAUCUUUCCAAGAGGUAAAAUUGAGAAUAAUAAGUGAAUAUUUGUAAAGUGCAUUGUGGUGUAUGAUAUUCAAGGGCGUAAAACAAAAGUACGGAAUUUUAUAUUAAAAAAAAAUCAAAAUACAAAGCUCAAUGAUAUUGUUAUUUAAAAAAAAUUAGAAAAUCAAACAAUCCCAACAUUAAUCAUUAUUAACUACUAGGCCUAAAAUUAAAAAAAAAACUGCAAUGUAAAUCUCAAAAGGUCUGGCGGAAGACUGAUUGUUACGGAAAUCUCCUCACGUUCGCAUGCUGUAAACAUAUUGAUUGGAUAGUAUUUUAAUUGUCCAAUGUAUAUAAUUUGCAAGGUUUUGUAAAUCCAGAUAAAUAAAAUUGAAUUCUAA